AUGUUGUUGUGGAUCCUUCACUCACUUAGUCCUUUGCAGAUUAGGUCGCGUGUUCAAGGCGACCUUACGUUUCGACAGGCUAUAUUACAUUGGUUGGAUAGCUGCGUACAGGGUGAUUUCUCCACUGGUCGAUCGGACGAUAUUAAGGCUCGAUUGGACGCGCGCGGAAUCGAAUCUGAUGAGCAGAACUGUCGUCAGCGUCUACCCUCCACAACGUUGCCUGUGCGGCCUCGUAACGUUUGUACGCGUGAAGAGGAAGAUGAAGUUUAUCGUAAUGUGUUGCGCGAUGCUGACGACGUGGUAUACGAGUCUAACCGCCAUCGUUGUCGAUUGCAGACCGCACAUUCCAAGGGUUGUCGGCUCACCAACGAUGCAUCCUGUCGUGCUCGCUUUCCUCGCGAUCUUCGUUCGGACACGGAAGUUGAUGAAGAAACGGGCGCGAUCUUCUUUAAGAAAUCGGAACCGUGGAUUAAUACGUUCAAUCCUAUCGUGUCCGCGGCUCUGCGAUGUAAUACUGAUGUUACAUCUCUUUUAUCGGGGACGACAGUUCGUGCCGUCAUCGCAUACAUCACGGAUUAUAUCACGAAAUCUCCUUUGAAGACGCAUGCGAUUUUUGACACGGUGCGUACCGUAUUA